UUGCCUUGGAGCGGCCAAUACGCCGUCGACAAAUAAUAUUCGACUUUGAGCUUAUGCUGCCUUUUCUGUCAAAAAUCUGAACAAAUAAGUUCACCAAGCAAUUUUCAAUCCUUUGAGGCACAAAUAACAACAGAAACUCUUGUAAAUCAUGCCCAAAAAUAAAGGAAAAGGUGGUAAAAAUCGUCGUCGUGGAAAGAACGAAAAUGAAUUCGAGAAACGUGAAUUGAUUUUCAAAGAAGACCAGCAGGAAUAUGCCCAAGUUACAAAAAUGUUGGGGAAUGGUCGUUUGGAGGCAAUGUGUUUUGAUGGCGUGAAACGUCUGUGUCACAUUCGGGGGAAACUCAGAAAGAAGGUCUGGAUCAAUCAGGGCGACAUCAUAUUGGUUGGUCUUCGUGACUAUCAAGACUCAAAAGCCGAUGUUAUUCUCAAGUACACAUCCGAUGAAGCCAGAAAUUUGAAGACCUACGGCGAAUUCCCCGAAUCAGUGCGUAUUAAUGACACUGUCACCUUCGUUGAGGAUGGUUUCGAUGAGGACAUUGAGUUUGGUGAUGAAAUCAGUUCAGAUGACGAUGCCGACUCUGUGGACAAUAUCUGAUUAACAGCUAAACCGAAGAGAGAGAAUAUAAAUCAAACAGAAGAAGAGCUAAAUAAAAUAUAACAAGAAAAGAAUAAUUGAGAAUUGCAACAAAACAUACGCAAAGAGAGAUCCCCCUCCUUUACCCCCAAACAAUAUCCUUCUAAGUAACAAAGACAAGGGAAGAUUUAAGAAAAGAAGGGAGACAGAUUAUUAAACAUUUAUGGAGUAUUGUAUAAGAAUUUGAAUAGAAAGAAGUUGAAAAAGCAAAAUACGUUGUCCACAGAGUUGUCAUCAAUAAAUAGCCUGACAUAACAGAACAGCCAGAAGAGCGCAUCCAAAGGAUUUAUUCAUUGCAAUUAUUCUUUUCUGCAAGCAAGAAUAAGACAAAUCAAAUACUUUGGCUCUCUGAAAAAAAAAAACGGGAAAAAUCAAAUAGCAUACAAAAACUAAAUAUUUGAAGACACCACGUCAAACGUACUCUCUUUAAAUUAAAUUAAUUUAAUUCUAUAAACAUAUACUUAUACAAAUGCAAAACAAAUGAAUAAAUCUUUUAGAAAUAAACAGAAAAUAAAAACCCCAAA